AUGAAAACAUCGGAUAGAACAAUGAAGCGGCGAGUGCUGUUGUUUAUUUCCUUCAUAUCUCUCACAUCGGUGCUUGGGCAGGUCACUUAUUCCAUUCCCGAGGAAAUGGCGAAAGGUUCGUUGGUGGGAAACAUCGCCCAGGACUUAGGCUUGGAUCUAAAAAAACUGACCUCAGGAAGAGCUCGGAUUUUUACAGGAGACAGUGCUGAGUACAUCGAGCUGAACCGAGAACGAGGAGUCCUCCUUAUCAAGGAGAGAAUAGACAGAGAGGCGCUUUGUGCACAGACGACGCCCUGCGCUUUGCAUUUUCAGAUUAUUCUAGAAAAUCCUCUGGAAUUUUACUCUAUUGUUGUCGAAAUUACAGAUUUAAAUGACCACUCACCGGCGUUUGAAAAAUCAAAUAUGGUAUUUAAAAUAAGCGAGUCUGCCGUAAUAGGAGCUAAAUUCUUGUUAGAGAGGGCGAUAGACCCCGAUGUUGGCCUGAAUAGUCUCCAGAGUUAUUUUCUGACGAAAACAGAGAAUUUUGUUUUAAAACUGAAAGAUCAGCCGGAUGGUGAGAAGACAGUUGAGAUGGUCUUACAAAAACCCCUUGAUAGAGAAAAACAAGAGGAGAUAUUUUUAGUCUUGACUGCAGUAGAUGGAGGGGAACCAAGUUUAUCUGGUACAGCACAGAUACACGUCACAGUGCUAGAUGUAAAUGACAAUGCACCUGUUUUUACGAAGGCGGUCUACAAAGCUACAAUACCUGAAAAUGCUCCAAAAGGUACUGUCAUAACCAGAGUCAGUGCUUCCGAUGCUGAUAAAGGAUCAAAUUCAAAGAUUACAUAUUCGAUAUCAAACGCUGCUGCAAGUAUACGAGACAUGUUUGAGAUUGAUGACUCAAAUGGGGAUUUGAUCUCAAAAAGGGCUGUAGAUUAUGAAAGGGCACGUUCCUAUCAAAUACACGUUCAAGCCAGUGAUGAAGGAGGACUAACAGAUUCGUGUAAAAUAACUGUUGAAGUGAUAGAUGUAAAUGAUAACAAGCCAAUCAUAAAUAUAAUGUCACAGACAAAUAUAAUUCCAGAGGACUCUAAGCCUGAGACAGUUGUGACUUUGGUCAACGUUCAGGACCUAGAUUCUGGAGAAAAUGGCAAAGUUAUUUGUGCGAUUAAUGAGCACAUUCCUUUUACUUUAAAUCCGACAUCAAACAACUUCUUUAAUCUAGUAACAGACAGUGACUUAGACAGAGAGAGAGCCUCUGAGUAUAACAUCACAGUGACCUGCUCUGAUGAGGGAGUGCCCUCCCUCUCCAGCAGCGUCACUCUCACCUUACAGAUCUCUGAUGUGAAUGACAACGCGCCUGUCUUUGAGAGGAGCUCAUAUGAGGCCUACAUUGUAGAAAACAACACACCAGGUCUCUCGAUAUUCACAGUGAAAGCCAGAGACGCUGACUGGAACCAGAAUGCCCGAGUUUCUUACAUCCUGGAGGACUCCUCUGUUAACGGAGUGCCAGUCUCCUCAUAUGUGUCGGUUAGUGCUGAUAGUGGAGUCAUCCAUGCAGUUCGCUCUUUUGACUAUGAGCAGAUCAAAGACUUCCACUUCCGUGUCAAAGCUCAGGAUGGAGGCUCCCCUCCACUCAGCAGCAACGUGACAGUGAAAAUAGUGAUCCAGGACCAGAACGACAACCCUCCUCAGGUCCUGUACCCGGUCCAGACUGGUGGCUCUCUGGUGGCUGAGAUGGUGCCUCGUGCAGCAGAUGUGGGCUAUCUGGUGACUAAAGUGGUGGCUGUGGAUGUGGACUCUGGACAGAAUGCCUGGCUGUCGUAUAAACUGCAGAAAGCCACAGACAGGGCGCUGUUUGAAGUGGGCUUACAGAAUGGAGAAAUCCGAACGAUCCGCCAAGUGAGUGAUAAAGAUGCUGUGAAACAAAGACUGACUGUUAUAGUGGAGGACAACGGGCAGCCGUCUCGUUCAGCUACAGUCAUCGUGAACGUGGCGGUGGCGGACAGCUUCCCCGAAGUGCUGUCAGAGUUCACUGACUUUACACACGACAAGGAGUACAAUGACAACCUGACUUUUUACUUAGUGCUGGCUUUGGCUGUAGUGUCCUUCCUCUUCAUCACGUGUUUGGUGGUCAUUAUAUCCGUGAAAAUCUACAGAUGGAGACAGUCUCGUAUCCUGUAUCACUCCAGUCUUCCAGUGAUUCCCUAUUAUCCUCCACGUUACUCAGACACUCUGGGCACAGGGACUCUUCCACACGUGUACAAUUACGAGGUGUGCAGGACGACUGACUCGAGAAAGAGUGACUGUAAGUUCGGCAGAGCUGGUAGUCAGAACGUGCUGAUAAUGGACCCCAGUUCUACAGGGACCAUGCAGAGGAUACAGAGUGCGAAGAGCAUCCUGGACGAACCAGACUCUCCUCUAGAGGUCAGUUAA